UUUUCUUUUACACGGGAGGGAAUUGCAAUUUAUUGACUAGAAUUUUGCAGAUUUUUAUUAGAUCCAGAUUUGCGCACGCCCACCCACACAAACACAAUGAUGAAGCAACACCCAACGAGCAAGAGGAAAAAAUCAUCAGAGCUGCAGUUGCCCUGCGGCUGGCGCGAUUGUAAAGUGGUUUGCGAUGGCGAAUGGCUGCUCAAUGGCCACAUUGCCGAGCAUCUGGAGAAGCACCAGCAGCAAGAGUCACAGGGCAAGAGUCCGGACAAAUGUGUAUGCGUAUGGAACGAUUGCGAUUUUCAAACAGAUUGCCGCGAAGAAUUCGAACGGCACAGUUACUAUCAUGGCUAUUACAUUAAUCUGCUGCUCCAGGGCAAGCACGAGUGCGAGCUCCAUCCCGAGAUACCUUCCUGCUAUGCACUGCCACGCAAAGGCAACAAGCUGCCCGAGCUGAAACAGAAUUUCCAUUGCGGCUGGAGUGACUGCCAGCGCUCGUUCAUUUCCAUAGUCGAGUUCCAGGAUCACAUUGUGCAGCACGCCUCCUUUGAAUAUGAGAUACAAAAGUCGCCAGACGACGAGCGGCCCAAGACCCAGUGCAACUGGACGCUGUGCAACAAGCAGCUGGAGAACAAGUAUCGCCUCAUCGAGCACAUCAGCACGCACUCCAACAAAAAGCAUGUUGCCUGCUAUCAUUGCGGCGAGCUGUUCAGGACGAAGACAACGCUGUUCGAUCAUCUCCGCCGGCAGCCGGACAACAACACACACAAAUUUCAAUGUGCGCAGUGCUUUAAAUUCUUUGCCACGGAAAAGCUGCUGCGCGGUCAUGUUGUGCGGCACGUGAACUGCUACAAGUGCACCAUGUGCGACAUGACCUGCAGCUCGGCCAGCUCGCUGACCACGCACGUACGCUAUCGCCACCUGAAGGACAAGCCGUACAAGUGCACGGAAUGCGACACACGCUGUGUUCGCGAAUCGGAUCUGGCCAAGCACGUACAGAUUGUCCACUCCAAGAUGGUGCAUCAGUGCGAUCAACCCGGCUGUCAGUACUCCGUGCGCACCUACACGCAGAUGAGACGACACUUUCUGGAGGUGCACGGCAAUAAUCCGAUAUUCUAUGCCUGCCAUUGCUGUGAGCGCUACUUUAAGACGGGCAAAUCCCUGUCCGUUCAUCUGAUUAAGAAGCACGGCUUUCGUCUGCCGUCGGGCCACAAACGCUUCUCGUAUCGCGUGGAUGAGAACGGUUUCUAUCGGUUAGAGAUGACGCGCAUUGAGAGCCUGGAGGUUACACAGCAGAUCUUAGCGCCACAUAUCAAAGAGGAGCCGAACCUGGCCGGCAGCUGUUAUGAGAUAGUGAAUCCAAUUGGUGUUGACUACGAACGCAUUAUCGUUUCCAACGAUGCCAACGAGGCGCAGCUGGUGGGCGAGGUGACCAUCUCGUUGCCCAGCCUAAACGACGAAGACUUCUGAAUGCAGAAAUCGAAAUUCAAUCAAAAUCAAAAUGGAAAUACAGUAAGCACUCGUUGACACAAACGGCUGUGUUCACGGUAUGGUGCUCCUGUUUCUCCAGCCCCCUGUUCCUGAUUCACUUCCACAAAAAUGCACCGCCGAGUACUCAUAGUUUGUAAGCAUCAUCUAACCUUAACAAGAUUUGUUCGAGACUGCGAACUCCAGCUGCGGCCAGACACACACAUACACAUGCAUGUGCACGUUUAGCGAAUGCCCACUGUAGUCCAAGGUCUCCUAUACGUAUAGCAUAAUCGCAUUUAGAAAGAACUAUGUAUCACAUUUAAUUUAGUUAUAAGUACAAAGUUAAGAGUUCGACAAGCAUAUUUAAUAAACCAAACCAUGGAAAUCACUAAAACUAUCAAAUCUUUUGAUUGCUCGCAAUGUGUUCUACUUCUAUCAAGUAAAUCCUAAUACAUACAUAUGUAUAUGUACAUAGGUAUUUCUAUAGUUUUCAAUUAGUUCUAGGCAUUCCCUUCCAAGAGGUAUUCCAAUAACUCGUCGUUGUUUAAUUUCGUGUCUAACCAAGCUAAGCGGAAAAUCAGGCAAGCUGUGGAAACCACAGUUAAGAAUAUUUCCAGUGGCAUUCCAUCGUACAUACACAAUCAUAUCAAAGCCGGUCGUUCUUUGCAAUCUAUAGCAAUAUUGGAAAUUACCGUUUAGAAUCUUCCAUAUUGGUCCACUUAUUGACAAAGGUGGCAUCGCCAAGUCAAUAAAAAUAAUGAAAAAAAAGAACAGUUAAGCUUUUGCUUAAAGUGAGGUUAUGGAACCACUAACAAAUGUUCAACUGUCAUUUUGGUUCGUUUAGUUCACUUAAAAAAAAUAAACACUCAUGCGUAAUUAUUGUAAUUUGUUUUUUAAUUCUGGCUUCAUCGACUGUUCAGUUUUCUUCUUUACACGUUUUAGCAAAUGCUGUUAACACUGCACAACAUUUAUAUAAAAAAAA